UAUCUCUCUAAUUUCUGCUGCAUUACUAUACACCUGCACCCCACCCAUUUCCCAGGCAGAAACGUGCACUGAAUCCCAUUUUUCUAUUUGAGAGAGAGAGAGAGCAAUUGUUUUAUUUUGGUUAAUUUGGUUUGUAGUUAAGAAGCAUUCUUGGCUUGGUAGUUUGCAGCACAAUCUUGUGCUUUAAUUCAACCUCCAUCUCUUUCUCGCUCCAUCACUUUUCAUUUUCUGUCAUCUGCCUCUCAUUUUUCACUACCCAUUUUCAAUUCCCUUUUCUCCUCUCUUAAUUACUUACCCACCACAAAUGAAGAAGUUUGUUCUGAAACUGGAUCUGGAAGAAGACAGAGACAAAAGAAGGGCUCUCAAAACUGUGGCUGCCCUUUCAGGAAUCGAUGAGAUCACCAUUGACAUGAAGGGCAAGAAGCUAAUGGUGGUCGGGACAGUUGAUCCGGUGAGAGUGGUAAGCAAACUGCGCAAGAAAAACUGGCAAGUCGACAUCAUCUCCGUUGGGCCAUCCAAGGAGCCAGAGAAAAAAAAGGAAGAGGGGAAGAAAGAGGAGGGCAAGAAAGAAGACCCCAAAAAGGAAGGUGAGAAGAAGGAGAAGGCGGAACCAGACCCCUUUGUUGGCACGGUGAUGCCGUUCCGUCAGUAUUAUCCGCCGAUGAACACAUACUACUAUUUGCAUCACAGCAUGGAAGAGAAUCCAAAUGCAUGUGCCAUCUCUUAGGUAAUUUUGCUCUGUUUUCCCUUUUUUUUUUGAUCAAGGCUAUAAUAGUCUUUUCCGGAUUUUGUUGUUUAUAUAUAAUUAAUAAUGUAUUUUUUUAAUUUUUUUAAAAGUUUAAUUAUUUUUAUUCACAUAUAUUUGUAAGAGCGAGGGACCGCUCCACACUUGAAGAUCCUCACUGUAAAGUUGAUAUGCUCAAUAUAUUUUGAUAAAGACAGAAAAAUAGAAUGGUAAAAGUGAAA